AUGAGCAGCGAGGAGUUGGAGAAGACCGGGGACUCGCCCGCGGAAGCCGUUGACGACCUUUUUGGCGACGAGAGCGACGCAGCCGAGGCGACCGGCGUCGAUGUCGCUGAAGAAACCAAGAUCGAUGACGACGACGACGAAGAGGUGGCCGAAGAAGAGUACCAGCCCACCCAGCUGGAGGUUUCGUUCCCAAGACACCCGCGGUCGCACGUGCCGGAGGGUGGUGCGAUUGGAUUCAAUUUGCCUCGGUACCUGUUUGUCGACCCGGAGCCGUUUGCACCAGCAACGUUUGAGUCGGGGCUUAAGGAGUUUGUGCAGGACUCGCACAAAACCAGCACCAACAAGGAGUUACAAGACUCGCUCGAGUUCAAGAAACUGGAGAUCCAAAACACGAUCAGAUGGAGAUAUGCCAAGACCGCUUCGGACGAGCUGUACAAGCAGUCGAACUCGUCCAUUGUGGAAUGGGAGGACGGCUCCAUGUCGUUGAAGAUUGGCGAGGAGUACUUUGAUAUACGAGUCAAGAAGAACGAGGACGAUUUGUUGGUGAUAGAGCAAGGCGACCUGUAUGUUCCUGUGCAGGAGUUGGACAGAUCGAUCCAGGUGCUGCCAUCGUCGACAAGUUCCAGAGCACACAAGAUUCUGGCCAACACGCUGCAAUCCAACAUGCGGUACAAGAAAUCAAAGAAGAUCAACACAAUAGUGACGACAGAGGACCCAGAGCUGAAGGCCAGAGAGGUGGAGAAAGCGCAGAGAGAAAUAGAGAAGGCCAGACGGAAACAGCUCGCAAAGCUGGCCCAGGAAGAAGAACGCCAGGAGCGGGAAUCCCGAACCACGAGCGUGGUACACUCGAUUGACGCUGGCGAGGACGAUGAGGACGAGGACGACAACGAGUACAACGAGAAGGACGACUUUGUGGUCAGCGACAACGAGCAAGACUCCGGGCUGGACGACGACGAGCUGGACCAGGCUGCCGAGAAGCUGCGGAGCGUGAAGCGCGCGGGCGAGGCGCUGUACAAGGGUUCUGCGGAGCCUGCUGGGGACGACGAUGACGACGACGACGAGGGCACUGUUUCGCGGAAGAAACGGCGUGUUGUUCUGGACGACGACGAGGACUAG